UACCAACAACAACAACAACUACAACAACAUUUCACAUGAUUUUAUAUUUUUCAUGUCAUUGUACUUUAAAUUUGCAUAAUGUUGUACAGAGUUUGGAAUUUCGUAAGAAGGCAUAAGAAAAAAAUUGUCUUUGGGGCAAUUUUUUUAAUUGGUGGCAGGUACUUUUAUCAUUAUAUAGGCAAAAAACUGAAAGACUUCCAAAAUAAAGAGGCAGCAGAAUGCCUUGAAUAUGCAAGGCGCCAGCAUCAUUUUGACAACAAUCAGAGAACAUGCAAUAUGACAGUUUUGUCAAUGCUACCUACCUUGAGGGAACGUCUGAGGGCAUUGUUAAACACAGAAGAAAUUACUGAAAAUCUAAAAUCAAGUCCUGCAGAUAAAGUACAGCUAUGGGAGGACCUGAAAAUUUUAAGUCUCACAAGGGUUAUAACUGUUGUUUAUGCUUGUACAAUGAUGUGCUUGAUGCUACGCGUACAAUUAAACAUCAUUGGUGGUUACAUGUUUGUGGAAAAUGUUAAGAAACAUCAAGGAAUGAGUGCAAAUGCAGCAAUGCAUGUGGCACCAACACCUGUACAAGAGAAGUACCUGGCUCUUAUAAGGGAAUUUUUUGAUAAAGGGGUUGUUAGUCUGGUAUCUAAAGUGAAAGAAGCAGUGUAUAAAGAAACUAGCAGUUUAACAUUAAAAGAAAAGUUAUCAUUGCAUAACUUAGAAGCAAUUAUUAAGCAUAUACGAGAGAGGGUUGAAAAUGGUCAAGAAGUUAGUAUUAAAGAAAUUUCAACGUUGCCGUUAAGUGAACUUUUAGUCUGUUGGAAAACGUCUGAUGAGGACAAAGAGCCCUCAGAUGACCUAUAUUGUCAGCUAUUAAAAGAAACACAAGAUAUUCUAUAUAGUCAUGAUUUUCACACAGUGUUUAGUACUGCGUUGGACCGAGGAUUUGCAAAAUUAGUUGAUUAUCUAGCAGAGUUCUAUCAACCAUUGCAGAAGACAGAAACUUCAGUCAUACAAUUACAUGAUGUAUCUGUCCCUUUAGCCAAAUUGAUACCCUUUUUAAGUGGUCUAUUGUACAAGUUAGGGAGUGAUGCACCAAAUCCUCUUGUUCAGGAAUUAUUAUUACUAGAACAAACAAAAACUCUAGCAGCAAACAUUUAUGAAGCUUUCAGUCAGAUAGAAGAGACAGAUGACCCUCAACCUUGAACAACAUGUUCUUUAACAGAAUUUUAUUUUUCUUCCCCAUGCUUUCAUAAGGUUAUAUACAUCCAUUGUAUGCCCUUGAAAAUGCAACAAACUUUAUGCUUUCCAAGACUUUUCGGUUAAGAAUAUAUACAUACUUGAUUGUCUGUAACAAAAUUUUGCCACCUGUCUUUACACUUUCAUUUAUUGAUCAAUUUCUAUAUAACAAUAUUUUACCACUUCACUAGACACUUUCAUUUAUUGAUCAAUUUCUCAGAGUUUUUUGUCAUCUUUUGAUCUCUUCAUUAACCACUAUUCAUGGUAAGGGUCAAAGAUCAUUUUUUGAUCAAGGUUAAGGCCACUGAGGCUAAUAAUAGAUCAUUCUACAUUACCUGUCAGUAUGACCAUAAUUUUUGUAUUGUUACAAAAGGGGCAUCCGUGGCAUCAGUCUGUGUUACGUAAAUGCUCAUUUAUGACUGUCAAUGUCUUGGAAAGGUCAAUAAGCGUCAAAAUGAUCAAGAGCAAAAAAAUCAAUCUUCAUCAAUCUUCAUCAAUUGAAAAGUCUUUUUCAAAUAAGAAGUAGAUAUAUAUAAGGUUUCACUUAAUUUACACAGGCUGUUAAUGGAUGUAAUACCUUAUUCCUUUCUUUUUGUGAUAUAUUUUGCUCAUAUUUCUCUUACCUGUGAAAUAUAUAUAUGUAGGAUCUCUUGUGGGAUGCCAUACAAUGUUAUAUCGUAUAAUAUCAAAUUUUAUCAAACAAGUUCAAGAAAAAUUGUUUUAAAUUGAACUUUAUUACACUUUCUAGAAUGAGGUUAAUUAAAUUCUGUAUUAUAUAACAACAAAUAAGAGAUUUGUUUUUUUUUUACAUGACAUUAGAAAAUUAAAGUGAAUACCCGAAACCAGUAGUUAUAUAAAAUAUAUAAACGACCUGGUGUUUGAUGUGUUGUCCCCUCCUCUAAAUCUUUUAAUUUGAGCCAAGUCACGACAAAACCAACAUAAUGGGUUUGCGACCAGCAUGGAUCCAGACCAGCCUGCGCAUCCGCACAGUCUGAUCAGGAUCCAUGCUGUUCGCUUAUCAACUCUAUUACAAGUAGAGAAACUUAUAGCGAACAGCAUUGAUCCUGAUCAGUCUGCGCGGAUGCGCAGGCUGGUCUUGAUCCAUGCUGGUCGGUCGCAAACCCAUUAUGUUGGUUUGUCGUGACGCGGCUCAUUUAUUGUUUAUUCAUAUAAAUGUUCAUACUAAAUUACUUACCAACAUUUUUUGAAGCAAUAUUCUAAAAGAAUAUCUAAAUGAUAUAUCUAAAUAAUACAUUUCUAUUGUUUUUAUCAGUAUUUGAAAUCCAUAUGAAAAUUGUGUCCAUUGUAACCCAAUCCACUGUCAUGUAAUGUCAUGUUAUGAAAAUAAUAUUUUCGUAAGGCAAACAGUCAAACUGUCUUUAUAUUAUGUACAUGUAUGCAGUAUGUAUUUAAGUAUAUCAGAAAUAGAGUUUGUAACAUUAAUUUAUUUAUUUGUUUAUUAUGCCCUAGCAUAGAAACUUUUAUAUUAUAGUUAUAAAGAUUUUUGACUGGUUAGAUGGUUCUACAUAAUGUGUUUGCAUAUUUAACCCAAACCCCUAGACAAGGGUUAUAUUGCAAACAACUUUUAUAUACAGUCAUAUAACCUUUGAAGAGUCUUUAUAACAAAUUAAAAAUACAGCAAACUUCCUUGGUCACAGAUAUAAAAUGAAAUUUCCUCAUAAAUUGACAAAAGCCGUGUAUAUACAUUUGUAAAACUAUAUAAACGUCAUGAUUAUUUAAUAAAAAAGCGAUGUUACAAACAUCCUGUAUUAUGACGAUAUCUAUUUUGUUAUUGUGUUGGUUAAUGAAACAAAUGCCAGAAAUAUCACAUAGUUACAUGGAUUUAUAGUGGCCAAAACACUGAAACUUUAUUGUUUAAAGUUGUAUAUUUUGUAAGGCAUUAAAAGUUGUCAUAAAAUUUAAUAUGAAACUAAGAUCCAUGCGUUGACAGUGUGACAUGUUAAUUUUUUCUUUUUAAUUACAUUAUUAUGACUUUCUUAUUAUUUUGUUUAUUGUUGUGGAACAUAUACUGUUUAUUUUUAGAGGUAGCAGAUAUAAUUAUGUAAUUUUAUUGUGUCUAAUGCUAGCAGUUAGGUUUAACCAUUUACUCACGUAAUCAUGCCCCCAAGCAGGUUAUGAUGAUGAUAUUGCUUUGCACAUGUUGGUCUAUCAGUCGUUAUAUGAAAGUAUAUUGUAUAACUUAAAAAAAAAAGCACUCUUUUCUUAGUGGUGGUCUUUUGUGCAGAAUAAUCUGUGAAAAUAUUUUCACAGAUUUUUUAUACUUAUUAAUAUUUUGCUUGUAAAGUUAUUUCAUAUGCCAUUUUGUACAUGUACUUUUAGCUCGACUGUUCAAAGAAAAGUGAAAGCUUUUGUACCCAGUCACACUUCUGCUAUGUUUUUGUGUGCAAGUUGGUAUCUCCAAAACUGCUGAAAGGAAAAGGCUGAAACUUGACACAUUUAUUUGAGAGCAUAAUAGGAGGUCACUAUCCAAGGCCCAUAACUCUAACAUUGAUUUUAACAGAAUUAUGGCCCUUUGUGAAUUAAGAAAAUUCUACAUUAUUGAGGCUGUUGUUUCAUUAUCAAGCACUGAGAAUAGUCGAGCAUGAUGUCUUACAGAUGGCUCUUGUCUUAAGAUAUUGUUGGCAAAAUUUAUUGGUUUUCUGCUUUACAAUCCUAUUAUUGAACAGAAAGUGAUAAGUGUAUAACCUAUGUCACAUGUAGAGCCAGGUGAGCCUGGACAUCUAUGUACUGUUAUAAGACUGAACUCUAUUGACUGACUAAAAUUAAAUUUUUCAUCUUGGUAUCUCUAAAAUUGAUAAAGAUCAAGGAUCAGUAUUAAAAAAUAGAAGCUGGACAAAUCCAUUUAAGAAAUUUAUCAGGUUACGGGUAAAACCAGCCUAUUUCAUGGUAUGCAUACAACUAUGUUGAUGUUGCAAAAAUGCAAUAGAAGUCGUUGUGAGACAAGUUCUAAAGCAUUACACUGGCAGCUUUCCUCCCCUCCCACAGUUCUUUAAAAAAACAAAAAACAAAUAAAGACAAAUGAAUUGUUUUAACAUUAAUGAGCCGCGACAUGAAAAAACCAACAUAAUGGGUUUGAGACCAGCAUGGAUCCAGACCAGCCUGUGCAUCGGCGCAGUAUGAUCAGGAUCCAUGAUGUUUGCUGUCAGUUUCUCUACUUGUUAUAGGGUUUGUAAGCACAGAUGCGCAGGCUGGUCUGGAUCUAUGCUGGUCGCAAAUGCACUAUGUUGGUUUUAUUGUGACGUGGCUCAUUUGUUUUGUGAGAAUUUUUUAAUUAAGCAUACCAGUGCUGAUACUCAUUCUCCUUUAAUACUUUCCACUUGUACAGGUAAAAUAUAUGAUGAAAUGUGAGCAAAAUAUAUCUUUAAUACAUGUACUACAUUUGUUGUAUAAUCAGAAAUAUUUAUUUAAUAUAAGUAUCAACUUUAGAUACUAAUUUUUUUUUAAUAUAUCACACAUGUGUGAAGGCUGUGUUUUUACAAGACUGUUUUAGUCAUAUGUUAGUUGGUUAGUUUUUUUAAACUUGUAACCAAUCACAUGCAUGAACUGGCAUUCAAACACACUUUAUACUAUUCUCCUGUCAAACAGGUAGGACAUUCAAGUGCAUUAUUACACAAUAUAUGCACAGCAAUAAAAGGAAUGCUUUCAUGUCAUAAAAUUUACUUUUCUAUCACCAAAAUUUUACAACCCUACCAAGAGAGUAAAAAGAUAAUCAUGAACAUUUACAUAUACAUGUAGUAAGUUCUUUGGGCUUUUACUGUUUGCUGUUUUUAAAAACUUAUUAUUAUAUAAAUAUAAUCUAAUCAGGAAAUUUUGAUGCAAUACCAGUAACACAGGGUGGAAAAUCCAUAUGGAUCUCAAAAUUGAGCAUCAGUAAAAAAUAUAUGUGAAAGUGAUCUGUUCUUAUGUUGUUGAUUCUUAUAUCAUGCCCCUAUGGAUAUCCUCAGCACAUAUGAAGCUCAGAUGGAAUUUGACCGGCAAUUCCUUUAUUUUGAGCCCAAUCUCAAUAAAUAUUUCAAUAAGGGUUCGUUUGGUGGUAAGAUUUUGUGAAAACUGUUUGGAGUCCGUUUAGUUACAUUUUCUUAAAACACAUUGCAUAUUUUGGGCACACCAGAAGCCACAAUAGAACACUGCAUAAAAAUCCAAACAAAAAUAAGUAAAAAUUUAGAGGAAAGCCAGGAGGGUAGAAUCAUAUUUUGAUUUUCUUAAAAAAAGCUUUGAAUUUUAUAUAAAUGUUUAAAAAGUUGAAAACUGACCCUGUGAUUGACCUACUUUCUCCUUCACAUAUCUAGUUAAAGCACACAUCUUGAUCAGUGGAAAUUCACUUAUAUUUUUUACCUAUGUUCAGUUUUAAGAUCCUACUAACUUCAGAAAAAGGUUCAGGUUCAUUAAGUCAAGGUAAAGACUGCUGUGGCUACAGGUAGAUUUUCCUCAUAGGCCAUCAGGUAAACUUUGUGAAAGCUACAUUGAGGAGUUACAGAACGCUGGUGGUUCUACUCAGCAAUCUCAUUAAAAUCAGAUCAUCGUUUUCGCUCCGUUACUCUUCGCUACGAGCGUAGGGUAGUGAAGCGACAGUUAGGAUAUGAUUUUAAUGAGAUUGUUCUACUCAGGUGCCCAUUCAUGCCUGAAGUAAUGCACGGAAGGGCACCUGAGGUCUUCCUCCACCAGUAAAGCUUGAACGUUGUGAUAUGACCUAUAUUUUGCCGAUGUGACGUAAAACCCAAAACAAACAAACAUUGAGGAGCGUCCAUCAGUUUUACUGAAUUUUUGUGUGUGCUGUUUGAUCAAGGGAUUAAGUUAUGAAGCACUAUAAUUGCAUAAUUACUGAAAUGUUUCACACAAAAGGCCCCAGCAUAAAGAGAAUAAUCAUGCAAAAUUUUAGAAAAGUUUUUCUUAUCUCUAGAAAUUCUUACUGCUAGUCUUUGCCUUUGUAAAAAUAUACAAAAAUUUCAAUUAGGGGCCUAUUACUUUAACUUCAUGGUUGCAAGAUUUUUCACAUUUCUGUUGUUAUUUAUUAUAAAUGUAUGUAACUAUAUAUAUAUUUAUGAUUCAUAUUGAUUUAAAUACAUGUAAUUUGUUUUGUAUACUUAAUGAAUUAUUAGUGAUUAUUUUUUAAUAAAUGCAUUUAAGAUAUA